AUGGCGAGCCUGGUGAGGAUGCAGCUGCUGUGCGCGAUGCUGCUGGCCUGCGCCUCGUGGACGCUGUGCACAGAUUCGGAAGAGGAAAUGAAAGCCUUAGAAGCUGAUUUAUUGACCAAUAUGUAUACAUCAAAGAUAAACAAGGCUAAGCUUCCUCAGUGGAAAACGACUCUUCUAAAUAUCUGUGACCUCAUAAGCAAUCUGAACAACCAAGAGGAGGAACUAGAUGAUGAUCAAGAAGAACCCAUGGCAAGAAAACAAUUUGCUGCCACACUGGAUGGCUCCACUUUGGAAGCAAUGUUGACACUAUACCAGCUUCAAAAAGUCUGCCACAGCAGAACUUUUCAGCACUUGGAGUUUCUUCAGCAAGAUGUUUAUGACCCAGAAAAUUCGAACCAAGAUAAAGACCUGAUGAAGAGAAAGACUCCUUACAUUCUGAAACGGCAAGUACAUGUUAACAAAGCCCGACGACCAUACAUACUGAAGAGGAGUUCAUACUACUGACUCAGCAAUUAAAGUAGUGUUUGUUUAGUUUGUAUGUAGCUGUGCUUAUGGUUACCUUAU